AUGGAUUUUGACCACGCUGUGACCAGUUUAAUCGGUCUCCUGAGGAACGGUAUACCCCAGGAUGGUUCUGUCCUACUGAACAACCUUGUAUAUUAUACGCCCAGGUUAAGAAAUGUAAGGUCCUUAGAGAAUCUGAUCAGAAGUACCUUUGAGAGUUAUGUAUGGGCCAAUAAGGAUCUUUUUGAACUUUAUGAGAUGUCACAGGCCAUUGUACAGUGGAAAUUAGAAAUUUCAGAACCCACUAUUUCUUUACAAGAAUUUUACAGUGCCUGGGAUCUAUGCUUUGCAAAUUGUAAUGCAUGGACUCCACAAAAAUUGGCAAUUCUUGGUGGUAUUUUGAGUACUAAAUCAAAAUUUGAGUAUCUGCAAAGGAACCACUUUUUGGAUGACAGCGGAAUAGUGAUAAAACUGUAUGGAUACUGGAGAAAUGAGUACUUUUUACCAGUUUGGUGUUCUCUAAUAGGUAAAUCUCAACCAUUGUCACGAUUGGAUGAACUCGUGGCAAUCUAUUCUACUAUAAGUGACCCCAUAGACGUCAAAAAGAACCAAGUGCCAUGGGAUACGGUUACUUGGUCAUUGACUAGACUAUCUACAAAUUACCUCGCAUCACCACCAUUUGGAGAUUCACCGUCAACAAGACACUUGAAUCAAUUUGUCAAGACUUUACAAAUUUCUAUCGAAAGGAAUAAUCAACUUGUAAUUUCUGGAGCACUGGGUGCCCUAUGUAGAGAGUGCUUUAAUUUGUGCGCAAGAGAAGCUGGAAGCUCCAAUCCAAACAAGAAUUAUAUGGGGGAAUACUAUCGUAACAUUUUAUUUGCAGUGAUCAUUGAAUUGAAAUCCAUCCUCGAUGCUACACGAAGAAUCCCAGAAAAUUGGUAUCCGCAAAUAAUUAUGUGUCUUUUCUUCACUAGUUUUAUCGCGAAGGAUAUUGGUAUAGUUGGAUUUGAAUCUUAUGAAUACGUUUAUGACGUGGUAACUACAGGUAUAACAAUAUGCCCUAAUCGCUGGGUUUAUAUGCAAGUGCUGGACACGAUGAUUGGUAACGUUUGGAACGGGAUUCCAAUUCGUAGUAAUAAACCCAAUGACGCCAAACGCCUUUUCAUGCUCAAUUACAUGGAGAGAACACUACCUGAAUUUUCCCAUUUAACACCAAAUUUUAUCGAGCACGUCAUAAGACCCCUGGAAUUGUCAUAUAUCGACUCUCAAGAUGUAGAAGUCAGAGAAUCCGUGCAUUUGGUGCUACUUUCACUUUUCCAGAAUUCUAUAUCAGGGGACAAUUUACUUACCUGGCAAGCUCACCACUAUCACGAAUAUGUUGCAUUAGCAACCGAGCAUUUCUUGCAGAAUAAGCUGUCUGAAGCUCAACUAGCCAUCGUUUACCAAGGAAUGGCAUCAAGGUUACCUCUUUUACAGGUGGUUGAUAGACAUUUGACAAGAAAUACACUGCAUUACACAUACCUCAAAAUUCUCAAUUGUCCUCAAGUAGAUCAGCAAAGAGUGUUACUACUCUGUCUAAUCUACCAAUUUCCCUACGUGGAUAAAAUAUUCCUGGUCGAUUGGUUCAACACUUGUAAAGAACUGAUGUCCAAGAUCAAGUUCGACAAAGCCCAAAAUAGGCAGAUCCUCGAAGCCUUGUGGAAAGUGGUUUCCGGCACAAAAUCCGAUGAUGCAUUGAAAUGGUGGUAUGGUAACAUAGUACCUACCAAAAGCUAUCUCUAG